AUGAAUCGUAGUUUUAGGGCUCAGGAAUCGCAAAUGCAAGCGAUGAUGAAACAGAGGCAGCAGCUGAGAGCCUCAGUGAGGAAGGAGAAGGAAGAAGAGCUCGCUUUGUUCCUAGAGAUGAAGAAGCGCGAAAAGGAACGAAAUGAUCUUCUUCUUAACAGCUCUGAAGAGUUCGAUGCACCAUUAGGGUCGAAACCCGGAACUUCUCCCAUUUUCAAUAUUUCCUCAUCAACGCCAGCACCUCCACGCAAAACUGGUGCUGAUGAUUUUCUCAAUUCAGACAAUGAUAAGAAUGAUUAUGAUUGGCUUUUAACUCCACCUGGGACUCCUCUUUUUCCUUCAUUGGAGAUGGAAUCACAUAGGACCAUGAUGAGUCAGCUUGGAACCCCAAAGGCUCGUCCUACUGCACUCAAAUCUAGAUUAGCAAACCCCCAGCCAGAACCUGCUGCUAGGAGCAACUUAAUGUCUAAACAACCAACUUCUUCCCCUGGGUUGAGUUCUUCAAGUUCAGGGACCCGGAGGCCCUCAUCAUCAGGAGGUCCUGGAUCGAGACCUGCAACACCAACUGGACGCCCCACAUUGACUUCUGCGCCUAGACCUUCAAGAUCGUCAACACCUACUUCUCGAGCAAGCUUGCCAUUAAACAAGUCCACAAAUUCUGCAGCUAAGCCUACAGUUCCCACAACAAAAUCCACAAUUCCUGCACCUAAAUCUACCAUUUCUGCAACUAAAUCUACUAUUCCCUCAAGAUCCUCUACACCGUCAAGGUCUAUGGCAAGAUCUUCAACACCAACUUCCAGACCCACUGUACCCCCACCCAAGUCUGCAUCAAGUUCAAGAGCAUCAACACCAACUCGUCGACCGUCCAUGCCAUCCACUACACCUAGUAUAUCAGCUCCUCCAUCAAGGUCCUCUCCUUCAGUUUCCAAGCCAGUUCCUGCAACAGCAAGAAAUCCAGUGCCAUCACGUGGUGCGUCCCCUACAGUGAAAUCUAGACCAUGGAAGCCCUCAGAAAUGCCGGGUUUCUCACUUGAUGCUCCACCAAAUUUAAGGACAACGCUUCCUGAUAGACCACUUUCAGCCUCUAGAGGUAGGCCUGGAGCACCCAGUUCUCGAUCGUCUUCUGUUGAGCCUGGUUCUAAUGGAAGACCAAGACGGCAAUCAUGCUCUCCUUCAAGAGGACGGGCUCCCAAUGGCAUUAGUCAUACAAGUGGGAGCUCUGUUCCUGCAUUCAGUCAGGGGCAUUCUAAAGUUAAUGACAAUGUGAGCCCUGUUUUAAUUGGAACAAAAAUGGUCGAGAGGGUAAUAAAUAUGAGGAAACUGGCACCACCAAAGCAAGAGGACAAACAUUCUCCUCAUGGUAACCACUCUGGGAAGUCAUCAUCAUCCCCAGACAGCUCAGGCUUUGGUAGAACACUCUCAAAGAAAUCCCUUGAUAUGGCUAUACGUCACAUGGACAUAAGGCGAAGCAUUCCAGGUAAUUUACGACCUUUAAUGACAAAUAUUCCUGCAUCCUCUAUGUACAGUGUGAGAUCAGGGCCUGCACGAAGCAGAACGGUUAGUGUUUCAGAUUCUCCUCUUGCCACUAGCAGUAAUGCUAGCUCCGAAGUCAGUGUAAACAACAAUGGCAUUUGUUUAGAUGGGAGUGAAGUAGAAGAUAAUGGCAGUGAGAGAGGUGGUCGAUCUCCUGCUAGUGUGCGGGGUAGGUAA